CCACCACGGGCAUGCGGCCUUGCCCACGUGGGAAUGCGGCCCUCUGUCUGAAAAACAACAGGCCCUUUAAAGUGCUGCAAGGCUUUUUGUGGAUACCCCAAUCUGUGUCUCUUUUGCAAGGAGCUGACCCCUCCUGUGCAAAAAAAAAGGUGGGGGGAAGAGUAGCGUUGAUCUCCACCAGCACCCGAAGGGUAAAAACAGACAACCGCUCAAUGCCUAGAGAGGACCAGGAGGAGGAUGUGAGUUCAAAGCGGACGUUCCUGUUUCUUCUUCCGGCCUCUCCCCCCAUACCUGUAUUUUUUACUUGUUGGAAACCAAAGUGAGGGAAUGGAGCGAUGACAGUGUGAGGUCUGGAGUGCUGGGUUGGCUCAGGGUCAAGGGCUGCUGAAAGAAAGAGGCAUGAAAAGUGGGCAAGACCCAGAGGCUUGCAGAUGGGGGCCCUUGAAGGGCGCUAGGCGUCUCCAGGGCUAGAACAGGGAACCCUUUGCCCUGGGUGCAACUGCCUUGCACGGUGAGCCAGUCGAAGGGCAGCCUUGGGGCUUCCUCCUAGGCAGCAAAAUAAGCUCGGUGCUGGACUGGCCCUACACAGCCUGGAUGGCUGUUGGGCUGUCCUGGACAGGAAAAGGUAUAAAAAGUGUCGGGUUUGGGCUGGGACUUUGCUUGUUCAGGGAACAGGCUUUGUAGGUCUGGGGUGCCCCUUUGGCUCUGUCCCUUGGCUUUGCCCCCUCAGUUCCUGCCUCCUCUCUGAGCUUACAGCUCUGGUCAGACACAGGGAGAGGAACCCGUCGACGACCCCAUGAUUGGACAUCUCUCUGUCGCCUUUGCGACAAAGUGGGCUCUUGCCCACGAAGCUCAGGCUGCACUAAAUCUGUCUUUUCAGGUGCCGUGAGGGCUCCUGGCAUCUUUUGCGCAGCAGGCAGAGACUGGUUACUCCUUUCACAAGUUAAAACACACAGAAACUCAGAGUGGGGAGUAAGGUUGUCGUCCUUUGCCAAGAUAAGGAGAGAAUGGCUCUUGAGGAGCAGGAAAUGAGGCUUCACGGCCAGGCUGAGUUUGGGCAUCGCAGGGAGCUGGGAAUGGAAGCCAGCCAAGAGAUGGGAGCAGGGUGCCAAACUGGCAUAGAGUUGGAGAGAUUGAAAGAGGAAGGGCCCAUUGUUGAAGCUGACCAUGUUACAGAAUUUCCAAGGUGGGAAGGACCGAAUCAGGUUAAACAGGAGCCUGAGGAACGGCUGCACCAGCACUGGGAAGCUCAGUGGCAGGAGUUGCUGAAGACUGUGGAGUGUCCUCUGUCAGUUUGGGGGGUCCCACAGUCUGCAGAGGAGCCCACUCCAUGGGACGACGCCAAGGCCUUUCUGGCCUCCUUUGAGCAAGUGGCCAAGGCUUGCCGGUGGCCCAAGGCAGAAUGGGCAACCCGACUCCUGCCGGCCCUCAGCGGAGAAGCCGAGCAGGCCUUUAGCAGGCUGGAGGCCAGAGACAGAGAGGACUAUGGGAAAGUGAAGGCGGCCAUUUUGCGAGGGGAUGCCCUGAGCCGGGAGAAGCAGCGCCAACACUUCCGCCGUUACUGCUACCAGGAGGCAGAGGGGCCGCGAGGGGUGUAUAAUCAGCUGGAGGAGCUUUGCCACCGGUGGCUGAAAGUCGAGAGGCAUUCGAAGGAGCAGAUCCUUGAAGCGCUGAUUCUGGAGCAGUUUCUGACCAUCCUGCCUCAGGAUAUGCAGAGCUGGGUCCGGGGCAACAGUCCAGAGACUUGCUUUCAAGCGGUGGCUCUCGCUGAGGAUUUUCUGCAGAGGGAGCAAGCAGCUAAGAAACAGAGACCGCAGGUGGUGCCAGGCCUGUUUGAGGAGCAUGCUGUUGGUUUCUCUGAAGUCAGGCGGACGCAGCUGGGUGCAGAGGUCAGGUCGGUCAGCGGAGAAGUCAAAGAAGAGACUGCUGAGGAUGCCAGUUUGCUGGAAGUCUGCAAGGAGGCAAACGAGAACAACCAGCAUCACCUUCAGUGGGAAAGGCCAGAAAAGGUGGAAGUUCAUCAGAUUACGCUGGGACAAGCCCAACAGGAUUUUCCCCAGUGCUGGAAGUUGGGAGUUGCCUCUGUGAAUGAGCACGUGCUGGGGAGGGCGCAGGGAAACAGCCCAGAGAUUACAGUGGAGGAAUGCCGUCGGAGGGGGCCCGUCCAAAGCAAACCCCAUGAAGCACCACUCCAUCCAGGAGCCCACAAGGGCAAGAGCAAAAAUAUUUGUGCUGAUUGUGGGAAGACUUUCAAGUGGAACUCGAGGCUCAUGGCUCACCGGAGGAUGCACACAGGGGAGAAGCCUUACAAGUGUUCUCUCUGCGGGAAGAGCUUCCGCAGGAACGCACACCUCUUCCAGCAUCACCGAAUCCACACGGGGGAGAAACCGUACAAAUGCUCCGACUGUGGGAAGAGCUUCAACGACAAGUCGUCGUUCCUGAAACACAGGAGGACUCACACGGGGGACAAGCCUUUUCAGUGUUCCAGCUGUGGGAAGAGCUUCAUCCAAAGCUCGCACCUUUCUAGACAUCAGAGGACCCAUGCCAAAGAGAACCUCUGAUGACCUUACUUAAGGGCACAGCUUCAGGGCUAGUCAAGCCUGACAGUAUAUCAGAGAAUCCAUGUAAGGAGAUCCUCUGCUGUAUUGUUAGAUCUGGCUAGCUCCACUUUGAACACUUUGAAAAAAAGUAAAGCUUCACUAGGUUUACUUUUUUUGCUCUCAUAUGUGUGUGGUGUGUGCGUGCAUAUGAGAGAGAGAGAGAGAGAGAGAGAGAGAGAGGGAGAACUGCAGAAGAGGAAAAUAGUCACCUGUAGGAAAUAAACGUGCAUUGAAUCAUAUUUUGUACCGCUUGGAUCACCACAAGAGUCCCUGGAACAAAUUGGUUAAACAUGACAAUUUUGUAUAGUACCUUCAGUGUGCAUAUUGUGUUACAGACCUCAAGAGGAGAGGUCCCUGCCCUGAGGUGCUUACAAUCUAAACAAACUAAAAAUAAUACCAGUUUACAAACAAAUUGUAACACCAGUCACCUAGUUAGCAAUUGCAAGCAUGGUUUUAAAGGUACAGUAGGGCCCUGCUUUCCGGUGUUCCGCUGAUGCGGCGGCUUUCAAUUAGGGGAAAUUCCCUGUUUUAAAGCCAAUUUUGCGGGUUUUUGGCAUUUUGCGGCAUUUUCACGUCAUUUUCACGCAACGCAACCCAUAUAGUCAAUGGGUUCCGCUUUACGGCGGUUUCCACUUUACAGCAGGGGCCUGGUCCCUAACCCGCCAUAUAAGCAGGGCCCUACUGUAAAGAUAAAGCACAAGAGGCCGACCCAGAUCGUACAAUUGUAGAUCUGGAAGGAAUCUCAAAGGCCAUCUAGUUAAACCCUCUGCUAAUGCAGAAGGUACACUGCUCAGCAUCCCUGAAAGGUGUCCAUCCAACCUUGGCAAGUAGCCAUCCUCCAAGGCAGUCUGCUUCAAACUGCAAUUGAGAACAAAGGGUAAAGGCCUUUUUCUCUCUCCCCUGCAAGAUUAGGGAGAGAGGGCUGCGUCUGGUCUUUACACUUUAAAAAAAACCAUUCUGUACAAAUGAUGUCACAUUUUAGUUUGGCCCCUAAAUUGUAAGUUCCUCAGGGCAGGGACCUGUACUCAUUUACUCGCUAUUAAAAGCACCAUUGAUCAGA